AUGACGCCAUAUGACGGACCUGAACUUCAGAGUGCUGCGGCCACAGCUCUCUCACCUACCGCCACGUGCACCGCGCGUGUCAUGAUCCAAGGUGCCUGGUACCCUGUUCAAUUCGUUGUCCUGCCGAGUUGUCCACAUGACGUUAUAUUGGGCUGGGAUUUCCUGUGCGACCACGGAGCGCUGAUUUACUGUUCAGCCGACGAACUAUUCCUUUCUGAUAUGGCUCGCUAUGACGACCAACAUGCCAGUCCUCCAUCUUACAAGUUACAUGCCACUCGUGAUACUUGCAUCCCGUCCCGCUUGACAGCCCUCGUAUCCCUCAAACCGGGGCUCUGCGCCCACGACUCGGCGCAUAUAAUUGUUCGUCGCCAAAAUAGCUCACUCGCCGCAAAAGGCCUGAUCGCUCCUUCAUGCGUGUGCACCGUAAUCGACGGCGAAGUAGCUAUUCCAGUCACCAACGUUUCAUAUUCCCCCGUUUUGCUUCCUACCGGAUCCUUCAUUGGAACAUUUGACUUGCACGAUAAGGCCCACGUUAUCGCGGUUCUGGACCCUUCAGGUUCCCCAUCUUUUGCCUCAAGGGCACCUGCUCGACCAGCUCGGCAGCAUGACUCGACAUUUACUUCAAUGGUGUCGCCGUGUUUGGAUCCUUCGGAGAAACAACAGCUCCUCGCGCUCCUGCAACAGCACUGUUGUCUUUUUGACAUUGGCGCAUCACCGCUUGGAGUCGCUCGACAUACAACGCACCGCAUCGGCACGGGAGACGCAGCUCCGCUGCGACAGAGACCGUACCGAGUUUCGGCUUCCGAACGGCCUGUAAUUGAGAAACAGGUGGACCAAAUGCUCUCGAAAGGUAUCGUUCAACCUUCGUCAAGCCCAUGGGCAUCUCCAGUCCUGUUAGUAACAAAAGAGGACGGUAGUAUCCGGUUUUAG